ACUUUUCAACAAGUUCUCCAAAAUAACACACAUCUCCCAAUCCCAGAAGUAUUUCAUUUGGCAUUUCUCGAAGCUGACAAAGAACUGAAUCAAAACGCGGGCAAACAUUCAGGAUGCACCGCUAUCGCCGCAUUCCUACGAACAGAAGAAAUCAAAGAAGGGGAAGUAACAAACGGCAAAGAAAAUAAUACAUCAACAUCCGAAAUAGUGGAAACAAAAAAGAAAUUCAAGCGUGUUCUUUAUACUGCAAAUGUAGGGGAUGCCAGGGCGGUUUUAUGCCGUGAUGGUAAUGCCAUUCGUCUAUCAUAUGAUCAUAAAGGGAGUGAUGCUCAGGAGGCAAAAAGAAUUAUGGAUGCGGGUGGUUUCGUGAUGAAUAAUCGUGUUAAUGGUGUUCUCGCUGUGACCAGAAGUCUUGGAGAUAGUUCAAUGAAAGAUUUUUUAUGGGAUGUGUGUGAUGACCAGGAUGCAGUUGACCUCAUUAAAGACUACACUGAUCCACAAAAAGCGAGCGCAAAAUUACUUGAACACGCCUUGCAAAAUUUCAGCACUGACAAUCUUAGUGUGAUGGUGGUGAGGUUAAUGAAUGGAUAG